UUAUUGUGUGCUGAAUGGCAUGCGGUAUAUUGUCGUAUUUACACAAGUAUCAAUUGAAUCCAAUCGGAUUAUUACUGGAAGAGAUAAUAAGUGUUUAGCGAAGCUCGCCGCUACUUUUUAAAGAACACAGUACUGAUCGUCCGGCUGCUGUAUGCUGCUGUUCACUGCUCUAUGCUUCAGCCAGAUUGUAUAACAAAAAAAUAACCGAGUGGAAAACCUUGAACCCAAAAAGGAGUGCUGAAAAUAAACACUAAGCUUCUACUCGCACGAAUCACGUUCGAGCAUUUGAACUUCUGCACGUUUUGCUAUUAAAAAAUAUCUUUUAACACAGAUUAAUGAAUCAAGCCGUCAGAUUUUAGAUUCAACACUUGCAAGUCGGAGCACUGCGAUGGUUGACACAGACCCUCAAAUAAAGAGGCUUUUGUUGCCUACAGAGGAAACUUUGUUUGAGCAAUUAUUGAGAAUUGGUCUUUACCUGGGAGCUGUAUUUCAAAUUGUCUGUCUCCUGGCAAUUGUAGUCUACCAGGCAGGACCAUCGGACGGGGUGACUGCUCUAAAGGACGAUCCCAGUGACGUUGAAUGCUCCGAAAACAGCCCUCAAGUAACACCCAGACGGCCUCAUAGACUCCGAAAACAAGAGAAAAAGAAGAGACGCUGAAGAAACGAAAGAUGAAUGUCAGAACGAUACACGGAGAUAUUUUAUAAAUUUUGUGAUAUUUUAUCUGUAUAUUUGUUAUUUAUCGACCUGAUUUUGACUUGUUGGAAAAUGACCGGUUAAUUAACUUUAUUACUCUGGUAUUGUGAAAUAGAAUAUUGCUUCUCAAGUAGCAAUGUCAUCCGGCAGCUCUGUAUUCUGUGUAUAGAAUUAAAAUUAAAAUACUUCCAUUUAUAUGAAAAAUUGAAUCCCAUAUGAAUAAGAAAAAAAAUGGAAGAAGCAUAUUGGAAUCAUUACAGUACAGCUUUCAAUGAUUUUUUUGACAGUAUUUCAUCAAUAAUUUGAUCUAGGAGCAGGUUCUUUAAAGUUAGAGCAGGUAGGGAAGUUUUAUGAACUAGCAACAGAUCGUAAUUUAGUGUAUAGAUAAUAAUCAGUAUCCUCCAAUUCUUAUGAUGAAAAUAAUGAUUGUACCAUUUAUAUUUUUUAUAUUACUUUUAUUGUAUUUAAGAUAUGAUAACACGUUUCAUUGAAUCAUUUAUUCUUGCGAAAAUGUCAGCCAACUAUAUGCCAGUACCUCUUCAGCCAAUAUUUGGACUAAUGACAUAGUACUGAUGAGUUUACUAAUGAUGUCGCUAAGAAUACAAAGUAAUUGAACUGAUUUACACCUGGCGAAGAGGAUCGAAUUUCCAUACCACUCUAGUGCCUGUACUUUAUGUUUAUGUGUAGGUGAGUGUGUGUGUUUUUUUGUGUUACUACAUGUAAGA